AUGCCCGUAGCGAUUAUAACUGGUGCAAGCUCUGGCAUAGGGCGAGCGGCUGCAUUAUUGUUCGCUAAAAACAAGUACCAGUUAUCCCUUACCGGCCGAAAUGAAACCGCUUUGAAAGAAGUUGCAAAAGAAUGCGUAGGACAAGGUAUUUCCGAGAAUGAUGUGAUUAUUAGUGCUACGGAUUUGGCGGCAGACAAUGCUCCCAAAACUAUUGUCGACAACACAAUUAGGAAAUUUGAAAAAAUCGAUUCAUUGGUGAAUUCGGCUGGUAUCCUCAGGGCUGGCGAAGUGCUUAACUCCGAUAUUAGUGUCUAUGAUGAACUAUUCAACGUCAAUGUCAGAUGUUUGGUCCGUCUUACACGAGAAGCACUUCCUCAUAUCAUCAAAUCGAAAGGGACUGUGGUUAAUGUGAGCAGCAUCAAUGGACCAUGUCCAUUCCCUGGCGUCACGUACUAUUGCAUGUCUAAAUCAGCGGUUGAUCAAUUCACGAAAUGUCUCGCACUCGAAAUGGCACCGCAUGGCGUUAGAGUGAACGCUGUGAAGUAUGUUGCAGUUUUUGUUCAUAUUUUUCCUAUAUUUCUGGAAAGGAGCAAAACAACACAUGCACUCGGCAGGCCCGGAGAUCCCAAGGAAGUCGCUGAAGCUAUUUUGUUUCUAGCAUCAGAGCGAAGUUCAUUUACUACUGGAGAGUUGCUUCGAGUUGACGCCUUCGAAAAGCGUUGGAAACAGUGUCUGUUUAGCGUGGUCAUGUUAACUCGUAUGGCUCUUCCGUACAUAAUCAAAACGAAGGGAACUAUUGUGAAUGUUUCAAGCAUUGCAGGUCCAUGUCCGUUCCCUGGAGUCGCUUAUUACUGCAUGUCCAAAGCAGCUAUUGAUCAAUUCACAAAGUGCCUUGCUCUUGAGAUGGCGCCCCACGGAGUGCGUGUCAAUGCAGUCAAUCCCGGUGUUAUCGUCACUGAAGUGCACAAGCGGUCGGGCAUGGAUGAUAGUGCUUAUGAAGGGUUUCUCGAAAGAAGUAGAGCUACUCAUGCUCUUGGACGUGUAGGUGAGCCGUCCGAAGUAGCUGAGGCAGUGUUAUUCCUCGCUUCCAACAAAAGUUCAUUCACUACUGGCCAGUUGUUGAAAGUAGAUGGCGGUAGAGGAAUCAUGCAUCCUCGUUAA